AUGAACCGCCCAGUGCCAGUCACGCAGAAGCGGCCGCCCGCCACGUUCCGCCCGCCGCCAUUACGUCAUGAAACAGACUCUUCCAACAGCGAGGUCGAGGAGCAGCAACCAAACAACAACACCGGCUACUUUUCUCCGAGCACCAACAGCGGCAGCCGCCCAUCCUCUCUACCACUACCGCCUCUACAGCAGUCCGCAUUUCUCAGACCGCCGCUCGUCUCCCCCCGAGAACUGCUGAACCCAAUGUCCAUCGCCUCCGCCCUGGCCGACACGGCCGCCGACAUGCCUCCCCGUGGCAGCACCAGCAGCAGCGCCGCCCCCGGCGGUCAACCCUACCACGGCCGGCCCAGCGUCAGCAGCGGCAGCCAGACCGAUCACAGCACCGCGAGCCGCAGCAGCAGUUACAACAGCUACAGCGCGCCAUACCUACACCGCCGGAGCAGCAGCGUGAGCAGCCCGUACUAUCGCAGCUCGAGCCAGCAACAACAGUCACCGCAUGGCCAUUACCAGGCCCCAUAUCAAGCAGACAGUGGGCCCGCGGGCAGUGGCGGCAACAGCGCGGGGAGGAAUCCUGUGGACGACGACACGCGGCACAUCGUGGAGCGGCUGCGAGCCAUGGACCAGAGCCUGCGCGAGGCUACACAGGCGCAGCGCAGGCUCAUUGACGAGACGAUGCUCAACUGGCGCAGCGACGACAACAAGUGA